GUAGAACAGCAUUUUGCCUUCAUCAGUAUUGAAUUUCUAUCUCCAUCACUAUGACCGACCAUCAAAACCCUAAACCCACCGACAACCUCCCUCAACCGCCGUCAAAAAAUCCACCUAAAAUCUCCGGCGGAUCCUCUAACGGCGGAUUUUCCGGUGGCCAUAACUACCCAAACCCGCCGGACCGUUCAAAUCCGGACCCGGCAACACUGAGAGAGCAAUGGAGGUUCGCUAUUCGGCAGUACAGCAAAUGGUAUUCUCACGCUUGGGGUACUGCUAUAUUAGCUGGGCUAUCUUUUUAUGCGCUUGGUUGGAUUAUUAAAGGCUCCAAUCCUUUGCCCUCUUUCAAGCGCGAAGACUUGGAUACUAAAAAUGUUUCUUCAUCCGACAAUGUUGGUGAUGUUGUUGCUGAUGUUACGGAGGUUAAGCGAAGUUGAUGAUGACGAUAAAAUUUGUUUUUAGGUUAGUCUUAAAAACUUGAAUUUCUCGCAGUUUUUGUUCUUAUUACCUGUUGUUGUAGGUCAAAUUAACCUGAUAGUGUAAAAAGUCUGUACACUGUCAGUGCACAGAAUUAUAUUCACUGACAGUGUAAAAAUUGUUUACAUUCAUUAGUGCAAUCUAACUAGUUAUAACAGGUUAUUAUUCUACUUC